AUGUCACAAGGUAUUGAACUACCCACUUACUUCCCAAUCUCAGAACAUGUUUUACCAGACUUUGAAGGAUUAAGAAGCAAUUCAAAUGCUUUGAAUGAAUUAAGAGAAACACAAUCUGAAAUUUUGAAAGCUGCUAAUACAUAUUUUGAAUCACUAUUCCCAGAGGACUCUAGUGUACAAUGGAAUGUUGAAGAAUCAGGAAAUGUUGAAAUCAUCAAGUCACUUUUGGAAUCUUUUGAAAAAUUGAGUAGAGCUCAACAACAAACUAAAUUUUACAACGAUGUAUUUGAGACAACUAGAUCUGCAGUGAGGAAUAGAGCCAGAAAUGAACCAGAGUUAUCAUUGAGAAACAUAGAUAUGUAUAAGAAGGCAGAUCCUGAUAAAAAAUCAUUUUCACAAUUAUUAGAAGAGAGAUUAUCAAACCCGCCAACUUUUAAAGUUAAUUCAAAUAAUCCAGAUUUUAUAUUUUUGAAAAAUGCGACCUUUGUUAUUGAUCAUCCAUUAGAUCCCUUACCGGAUGAAGAAGAAGAUGACGAUUUACAAAUUGGUGGUGGUAAAAUUGAUCUAAAAUGUCCAAUCUCAAUGAAUAUUUUUGAAUCUCCAAUGUUAAGUAAAAAAUGUUCACAUACAAUUGAUCAAAAGAGUCUUUUCGGUAUCUGGAAAUCACCUAACUCUACAGAAGAUUGUCCAAUUUUGGGUUGUUCCAAAACAUUAAGAAGAGCAGAUUUUGUUCCAGAUAGAUUGAUGGCUUUAAGAGUUAAAAGUUAUAAGGCGCAACAAGAGAGAUUGGAAAAUGCUGAGGAUUAUGAUAGGCUAGAAUAA